AUGGGACUUGUCAAUGUAACCGGUUCAUCAAAAUUCCUAGAGGAAAAGCCUUGUAAAGCCAAUCAUUUGAAUUAUGUGAUCGUCGAGCGUGCAAUGUCGGCGAUUGAGAAGAUGAAAAUUGCUGAACCGAAGUUAUGGUCAAGUCUGUUGACUGAAAGCCUCAACGACUCGAACGGCACUCAUGUUGUGCUGUGUGAUUUCAGUAAUGGAGAUUUGAGCCUCGAGGAAAACUUCAAGGUUAAGGUUUUCACCGACGAUCCAAAUCCAACCGUUGCUAGCCCUCGAACCCUCAGUGGAACGUUGAGAACUUUGCAAGAGGCCGCACAUCACUCGGACAACGGUAAAAGGAUUCCCAUAAACUACCUUUUGCUUGAUUUGAAGAGCCUCUUCAAAGAGCUGAAAAUGCCUCAUGAAGCGGAUGCAUCGUUCAAAAAACUUUCCAAAAAACAGCUUGAACGUUUGACAACAACAAUGAUUGAUGCAGAGAGUCAAUUCGAACUGAUUAAGCAAAUGGAUCGUUUGAUCGCACGUCGGCUCCGGGAGCUCUCAAAAGAGAAACUCAACGAGUUCAUGGCCUACUACGAGCAAUGUGAAACGUACAAAUUAACUUUGAGAAAAGCUGUGAAAGCUCUUCUCCCACAAGCUCGAGGCAACAAUGAAGAUGCGCGGGAAGAGAUCGUCGAGAUUUCACUUAAAGAAUACAAUGAAUGGGCUACGGUGAAGGGUGUCGAAAAGUUCCUCGAACGCUUCGCGAACAUGAUUGUCGCACUCGGAUUAUCUGAAGCUGAAGUCGAAUGGGAAAAUUUUUUUUGUACUCUUCUACUCGCUGAAGAAGAUCUGGAACCAGAACAGAGCUCGAAUAUGAUCUGGGAAAUAAGUUCUACUGCGGGUGUGGUGCCUGUGAUGUCACGAGUUUCACUUUCCGUUGCUGCAAUGAUUUUCACGGAAUUCACCACCACAAAUGUUACACCUGAAAAAACGGACAUCAUUAAGAUCAAGAUUGGCGAUGACAAGAACGAAGUUUACAGAGAGAAGAUGUCAUGCACGCAACAUCCCCGGGCUCAUUAUUUCAAAAACAAUGAUCAACGCCGGCUUUACUGCAUUGUCGACACACCGGGCGUCGGCGAUUGUCAGGGAAUCGAAAAGGACAAGGAAAACAUGCAAAACAUCGUGAACUUUAUGGGCAAUUUGGGCAAAAUCAAUUUGAUUUGCUUCUUAUUGGACCCAAAUGAAGCACGACUCGAUCCACCUUUCGAGUUCUGCUUCAAGGAGCUGAUUAUGCAAUUCCAUCGUUCAGCCAUCCAUAACAUUGCCUUUUGUUUUACAAAAGCUAGCGGUGUGGGAUAUAAGGUAUCAGAGACAAUCGUCCCGCUACAAACACUAGUCAACGAGAUCAAAAAAAGACAAGGAAUCGAAAUUGUGCUAAACGACAAGAAUCUCUUCGUUUUUGACAACAUCGCCUAUCGAUAUUUGGCUUAUUUGCACAAAAUGGAAGAACCCGAAAAGGAUCAAGCCCUUCUCGAUUUGUAUGCUCGGAGCUACAAAGUGUCGGCAAAUGAAACGAAGAAGAUGCUCGAUCAAGCCCUACAAACACCGCCACAUCGAGUCGAGGACACCCUUCAUCUUAAUUACGCGAGAAGAAUCGUCAAGGAAUUGGCACCACCAUUAACAAUGAUUGGAACAAAGGUUAGUGAAACAAUUAGCGAGAUCGAGGCUCAAAAAAAGAGAGCUGACGAAAAUCGGGGAAAGGAGAGCGAAAUGUUGAAAGUGUUGAAAGUAAAGGUUCAAUUCUAUCGCUUCAAGAUGACUUAUGUGGAUACGAUGGUUUGCAGGAAUUGUACAACUUAUGUGGAGUACACUGGGGUCGAGAGGGACAAGUUGAUCGAAGCGGAUCCGAGUCUAGCCGAAAGAAAGCCGUUGGUGAUGACGAUCGGUGGACACGCUGGAAAGGUUGACGGUAAAUGGACAUGCAAGGAAUGUGGACCGGAUUUUCCCCAAUCGAUGAGCGAUCGUUCUUAUGCCAAAGUCUACGAGGAUCGAGAAGAGAUCGAUGAAUGUGUUCAGAAGCGAUUGGAAGAAGCAAAAAAUGACCGUGAACGUUGUCAAAUUCUGAUUCAACAAAAGUCUUUGUUAAAAGAUGAGUUGGAGCAAGAGAUGCGAUCGAUUCAAAAGGCGGCCGCUCAAUUUGGUGUUUUCCUGAAAGAAAACUCGAUCACCGCCUACAAUGAUAUCACCGAACAGUAUCUGUUGAUUCUCAUGGAUCUUGAAGAGAAACAGGGUGCCCGACUCGGUCCACGCUAUGAGAGUCUCGCCAAAAUGCUCGAGUUUCACAAAGGAGAGGUGGCCAUCCUCGAACAGCACAUGAACAAUGAUUUGGGGAAUUGGAAGGAGAUCUCAUCGGAUGAUGUGAUCAAAACGGCGGAAGCGUUGAAACAAUUGACGCACUAUGGAAAGGAUAUUCAUCAAGCGUUGGAAGGAGUGAAACAAUGGGUGGCGAAGGGUGGAGACAUCGAACCGCCAAGCGUCUACAAUCCAAGCCGUCAAAAAAAUCGAUUCCUCAACUUUCUUUUCAACGUUUUCAACCCCUUCGCGAAACGUCUU